GACUGUCACACCAUUCUACACUUUUAGCCGCAGUCGAAUAUCUGAACCGAAUGUGUCAGUGCACCUUCAAUUCGUUCCUCCUGAAGUUGAGUGUUAUUUUCCUUUAUAUAAAAAGAAAAGUUCUGGUUUAACUACACAUUUCGAUAAAAGAUGAUUAAGUUUUGAGUGAAUCAACUACUAGUCAUUGAAAAAAUGUAACAAAACAUCUAGCCUGCCGCACGUAAAUUCGCUCGAUCCUGGCAAAUUUUAUUUUGGCAAAGGAAAUAGAAUAAUUUUCCUUGUGUGGUGGUUUCUUAUAGAUUCGCUUGAUGGUUGUUUAUGUAUUGCUGUAGUGUAAAUAAAGUGUGAAAAAGUGAGGGUUUUAAUUGCCCACCCGUUCAAAUGAGUGUUCUAAUGUAUUCACAAACAACUAAACAAGCAGAGAUGCGAUUUCGGGCUGCCAAAAGUAUGCAUUUCAUGCAAAAAGUAUUCGGAUUAUCGAUGGUAUUUUUUGUGGUGGUCCUGUAUUUUAUUUGGCUACUGACGGGUGACAUGGUAAAACCGAUAACAUCGUCUCCAGUAACUAUCAACGACAGCGCAUUCGUUUGCAACGAAAAGCUCGACGACAAUCGAAAAUACUUUUAUUCAUCGUACUCAACGCCAACAACAACAGCACCAUCACCACUUCCUACCAUUUAUUUUGUGACACCAACAUAUCCGAGACGUGAACAAAUCGCCGAAUUAACAAGACUGGGACAGACGUUAAUGCACAUUCCAAAUUUACAUUGGAUUGUGGCUGACGAUUAUGAUGGAUGCAAUACGUUCUUAGAUUUUACGUUGAACCGAUUCGGUAUUCCAUACACUCACAUAGCUAGUCCUAUGCCAGAUAUUUAUCGAUCAUUUGCGCCGAUACCGCGUGGUGUUGCGAACAGACGUGCAGCAAUCAACUGGAUUCGGAACAGUGGCAGAAAAACGGGCGUCCUUUACUUUGGAGACGAUGACAACGCCUUCGAUUUGAGAUUAUUUUCGGAAAUCCGUUCGACACAACGGGUCUCAAUGUUUCCCGUUGGACUGAUUGGAUUGUAUGCUGUGAGCACGCCUAUUGUGAAGAAGGGAAAGGUCAUCGGAUUCUUCGACUCGUGGCCAGCAAACCGUUUAUGGCCAGUUGAUAUGGCUGGUUUUGCUGUUAACUUAGAAUACUUAGCAUUGAGUCCAAACGCUACAAUGCCUUAUCGUGCCGGUUACGAGGAAGACGAAUUUUUGAAAAGCAUCGGUCUGCAGAUGGCUCACAUUGAACCGAAGGCCAGUAAUUGUUCGGAGAUAUUGGUGUGGCAUACGCAAACCAAGAAAGAAAAAUCGGCUGUUGUGCGAAUUGAUUCGAAAGUUUUGGAAUCGGAUCAAACCAGUUUGGGGCCUUUACUCAGAGAAUUGGAGGCGUUAGGUGUUAGUCAUAUAAGUUCUAGUUCAGGCAUCAAAGCUCAAGUGAGUAAAAAUGGAAAAUCGAAGCCGCUUUCGUCUGUGCUAUAGUAUGUGUGAUAAGGACAGAUUUACGAAACGUAAACCAGUUGUUUAUAGCUCGUAUGUUGUUUAAAUACAAUACAAAAAUAAGUUUAAAGCAGAAAAUGAUGUGAAAAUAUCUGAAAAAAAUUUGGAAAAAUAAUUCGAUUUAUUUUGUUCGGAAAAACUGUAGAUGAAGGAGAAGCAAAAGAAACGUUUUGUUCCAGGGCUGUAAAUAGAUGUUAAGAAUUUUUAGAAAAUUAUGAAAAAUUUUGUUGUUUGUGUACUUUUUACUAUAUUUUUACUCGUAGAACAUAAAAGAUUUCCUUUUUAGAAAAAUAAUUUUUUUUACGGUUAUUCGAUCUAGUUUUACAAAUUUACUGCACCAAUCUUUUACACACAUACCACGACAUAAGACAUAUACAUUACCUAACGUAAUUUAGA